AUGUCCGAACAACAAAACCACAUACCCCAAGCGCCGACAAUAGAGGCCACAACUUCCGAUCUUACCACGCAAAAGGCAUCUGAACAAAAAGCAGAGUUCUCUAAUUCACCAAAAUCUACCACCUCUACCCCAAACAGUCAGAAACAAUCACAGUACAAUGCAGCCAGUGCCACCAAUGGAGGUCGAGAGAUUUCCAAGAAGAUUCUAUAUGUGGGAGGCUUAGUGAAGUCCGUUGAAGAGACUGAGCUAAAGGAGUUGUUUGGCACUGGUGACGUGUUUUCGGUCAAGAUAUUGAAUGACAAAAACAAGCCCGACCUCAACUAUGCAUUUAUAGAAUUCCACGACGAAUCAGGUGCCGAAAAAGGAUUGACCUCCAUGAAUGGAAAGGCUCUUCAUGACAACGAGCUCAGGAUCAAUUAUGCAUUCCAAUCAGCCACCUUUUCCACUGCUCAGAACCCGGAACAACCAGUCUACAACAUCUUUGUCGGUGAUUUGUCCCCUGAAGUUGAUGAUGAAGCCUUGCAAAAAUGUUUCUCCGUAUUCAACUCCCUAAAGCUGGCUCACGUAAUGUGGGAUAUGCAAACUUCAAGAUCCCGAGGGUACGGUUUCGUUACUUUCAGCACGCUAUCGGAUGCUGAGUUGGCUUUACUGACUAUGAACGGAAAACCUCUCAGUGGAAGAAACAUAAGAUGCAAUUGGGCCAGUCAUAAGCAGAACAACAAAGGCGGCCAUCCCCAUUCGAACAAUAAUAUGCGGCACGACAACCACCCACCUGCUAACUACAACAACUACAACAAUUAUAACAACCACAACAGGGGACCCCGCCAAUAUCGUGGCUACCAAAGUCCAAAUCCAAUUUUAAAUGGAAACGGUCACACAAAUGGCCAUAUGCCUCAACCAUUCGAGCCAUCGCCCUUUCCAAUGGCUCUGCCGCAGAUCUCAGAUGGCUCACCGAUGUUUGGCGGUCCUGCUAUUAAUGGCGCUGUCAUGUCCCCUCAGUCUUACGACAUCGUUCUAAGACAAACGCCAUCUUGGCAAACCACAGUGUAUUUGGGCAAUAUUGCUCACUUUACUCAGCAAGACGAUCUAAUCCCAUUGCUACAAAACUUCGGCUUCAUCGUUGAUUUCAAGUUUCACCCCGAAAAGGGGUGCGCAUUUGUCAAGUAUGACACCCACGAAAGGGCUGCCUUGGCUAUUGUACAGUUGACUGGCUUUUCUGUCAAUGGUAGGGCAUUGAAAUGUGGGUGGGGCAAGAGCCGUGGCCCUCCACAAGGUCAGUACCAGAAUUUCAACCGUAAUGCAUUCGACAAGUUGUCUUAUCAGCAGUUUCUUGAGAAUCACGUCUCCGGGAAGAUCUCCCUCAUUUCCUCGAUCGCCAAACGAAACAAGGGUGCCACCACAGCCAUCGCCAUAUUAGCAGCAUCCGUCGCUAUUUUUUUCCCACUUGCGUUCAACGUUCCCCAAAUCUUAAAUAAAGUGCUAAGCUCAAUGAACUCAAACUACAGAUUCUUAUCCUCCACUGGCUUUGGUUCCCGUUUCGGUGGCUCGGGUACGUCCUCCAGCUCCCGGGAGACUCUUUUUGCUAUGAAAAAUGGUGGUGAACUAGGUGGUAUCAGCAAUGACGGCAAUACGUGCUUCAUGAACUCCGUCAUUCAAUCGUUGGCAUCGUCAAAGCAACUCACACAAUUCAUCGACAGAAAUAUCAACACAGAAGUACAGCUCAUGGCUGAUGCCAACAUUCCAGUUUCUCGCAUGAGCCAGCUCCGCACAAACUUGGUUUUUACUAGAGCUCUCAAGAAGUUGCUCGACGAUGUAAAUGGUGCCUAUGGCUCGAGGGGUAAGGAAUUCAGCACGAGAGGUUUACUUAAUAAGAUGCCUAAUGGCCCUAAACAGAACUUCUUUACUGGAUACAGUCAGGAAGAUGCCCAGGAAUUCUACCAGCUCGUGAUGAGAAUCGUCGAGAAAGAGUACAAAAGUAUUUCGAAGUCCAGAGAGGCUACACCCGAGCCUGAAUCUGAGAGUGAACUGAAGGAUGACCUGGUGAAGUUUAUCGAUUCGAAACUUCUCACCAGGCUACCAUUUGGAUGCGAUAACCUCGGCAAACUCGGAAACGUUUACGUUCCUGCUCAUCAAGUCGAUCCAAACAUACCUGACAGCGAGGGUAAGGUCCUCCCUCUUGAGCUCGUCACUCCAGUUGAUGGUGUCUCCGCCGAACGAAUUGGAUGUCUUACCUGCGGUGAGGUCGGAGGUAUUCGCUACUCCGUGUUGAGUGGUUUGAGUUUGAACUUACCUUACGAUGCCUCAAGCUAUAGCAACUUCACCUUGCACCAACUUCUCAAUGAGUGGAGCAAACCUGAAAUGAUCGAUGAAGUGAACUGUAAUAGAUGUGGCUUGAUGCAGACGAAGGAAUUCCUCUCUGACAGCAUCAAGAGUAACUCAAAUGAGCGUUUGAGUGCUGAUUUCCAGAAGCGUAUCAGUGAGAUUGACGACGAACUCGCCAAAGACCACAUCUCUGAUGAGGUUUUCGAACGUCUCACUACUAAGAGCAUGAUCAGAAAAACGACGAAAACUAAACAGGCCCUUUUGAGCAGACCUCCGCCAUUACUUUGCAUCCACAUCAAUCGUUCCGUAUUUGACCCACGCACUUAUAUGAUUGUUAAAAAUUCCAAAACGGUGAGGUUCCCUUUCAAGCUUGAUCUUAAUCCAUAUGUCGCUGAGCCAAAGGAUGUCAACAUGGAUGCUAGACUUCCAUUCAGAAAGCAAGACUCCACAUACAAUGGCACCUCCAACGAGCUUCAUUCUGAAGAUGAGAAAGAAGCUCCACAGCCUAACUCAGAUGUACCUCAUCUGGCUAAUCCAGAUCUUCUAUACAACCUUAAGGCGGUAAUUUCUCACUACGGUACUCACAAUUAUGGUCACUACAUUUGCUACAGGAAAUACCGUGGCACUUGGUGGAGAAUUAGUGAUGAAUCGGUCUACGUUGUGAAUGAGGCAGAAGUAUUGAGCUCCCAGGGAACUUUUAUGUUAUUCUAUGAGUGGGAUGAUCAGGUGGUCGAAAACUUGGUACAGCUCGACGAUGAGGAGCUAGAAAAAGAAGCCGAUGCAUCUGAGGUUCAGAAUAAUAAGCUCGAUGACUCUCAAAAUAUAGAUGAGUCGCUGCUGUCACUGUCUGAUGAGGAGGACGAGGGCGACGUCAUGGACGAGCUCAAGAUAGAGAAGUCAAACUCCCACGAAUCAGCUACCAGCGAUGGAGCCGUCGAUGCUACAGCUAAAAAUGUUGAAGAUGCAACGUCGUCUCAGGAUCAAUACCGCUUGGGCGAAGAAAGAGCCUUCCACGUUUAA